CUCUCUCUCUCUCUCUCUUUCAACCGCGGUUUCCUCUUUCCAUCUGCUUCUUCCCCAAAACGUACCGAACACCCUUAAAAACAAUCAGAUCAGAAACACUACCUUGCCCAUCUCUAGCUAAUUUCUCGUCUCCUAUAAUGAAAUUCUCGUCUUUCAAUGCUUUCCAACUAUUUUAAUGGCUCCUCUGUAUAGAAACUCGUCAUUCUCUCUCCUCAUUUUAUGCCUUUACCUUCACGGCUGCCUCCUCUCUUCUCUGCCCUUCAUUUCUUCGCUCUCCACUGUAUCCAUCUCAAAAAUCUCGAACGAACAAACCUUGAUCUGCGCAUUGACGAUACAGUACUCCUCUAACCGACAAUCCCUCCUCAAUUGUACUAGCUUUCCUUCCGGGAUUCAAUUUCCACUGAGAAAUAGCUCCCAAGGCAGCCCUUUAUUCUCCGGAAUCGUGGGCGGAGACGGGUUCCUAUGUGCUCUGCUAACCUCAUCCACGUCGGUUAUGAUUUGCUGGAGAUUCUCCCCCAAUGGCACAAUUAAAUCUUACAAACGCAUCUACCUCGGCCCGGCUUUGGACGAACUUGACGCCGGAGACUCGCGCAUUUGCGGCCUUGUUGCAACAACCAGGCGCCUGCAAUGCUGGCAAUGGCCGGCAUUCAGAUCCUCCCGCGCGGCCCACCACUACUUCUCCAAUAUCGCCGUCGGAGGCAAUUUCGUUUGCGGGUUAUCGAAAUCCGGAAAAAUUACCUGCUUGGGAGAUGAAUCAAAUUAUCAGGGCUGCGGCGGCAUUAACGGGACGGGUGUUGAGUCACCUGGUGAGAAUUACGGUGCAGUUGCAGCGGGAUCUCGGCACGUUUGCGCCGUCUCUUUCAACGGCAGCUUGAGCUGCUGGGGAGACAUGGCGGGCGAGAAACCGCAGGGGGAGUUUGCAUACGUGGUAUUGGGAGAGAACCGCAGCUGCGGUGUUCGCCGCGAUGGAACAGUCCUUUGUUGGGGGUAUAACAAUUUCAAAUUGCCCCAGAGGUUGCGAGACGCUCGAUUUGUGGCGGUUGAAGCAAAACGCAGCAUCUUUUGCGGAGUUUUAACACAAAACUAUUCCUUGUCCUGCUGGGGUGAUGAAGCUAUAUUUGGGUCAUCAAAUUCCAUAGUUUUCCACAACGUGUUGCCGGGGCCAUGUAGAACCGCCUGCCCGUGCGGUCCAUUGCUGGGUGCGGGCAACCUCUGUACCCGAAGUAAUGUUUGUCAGCAGCCUUGUGUAACGGGGGAAACUCCUCCCAAUCCAAUGUCAUUGGUGCCUCCCCCUGGCACCACCUCCACGCAAAGUAGCAGUAGUACCAGUACUCGUCGUCUAGUAAAUGGACGAUUGGUGGCUUUCCUUGUUGUAGGGUGCAUCGGUUCUCUCUCCUCAGUGAUGGUUGCUUGUUACUUCUCAUUGCAAUUUUGUAAAGGGGGAGGAUGUCGUGUGCACGAUUCAGGGCACUUGGAUGAGACUGGAGCCCCACAGGAAGAGGGUUUGAGUUCAUUACAACAAAAUUUAGAAGCACCGCAGAGUCCAUCUAUUUUGGAAAGGCCGCUAAGCUGCCAAUUGAUCAGUGCAGGAAGUAAUAAGGGUAAUUUGGAAGAAUUUUCUUUACAAAUCCUUCUUCAAGCCACAGAUAAUUUCUCUAAGAAGUACAAGAUCGGGGUAGGAAGCUUUGGCUCCGUCUAUUAUGCCAAACUAGAGGAUGGGCGAGAAGUGGCAAUUAAGCGAGCAGAGGCAUCAGCGUCGUCAUCCCAUGCAUACAACAACAAUAGCAGAUGGCAAGAGGACAUGGACAAUGCAUUCCUAAAUGAGCUAGACUCUCUAUCCCGCCUCAAUCACAAGAACCUCGUUAGGCUAUUGGGGUUUUAUGAAGAUAGUAAGGAGCGAGUUCUAGUGUAUGAGUACAUGAACAAUGGCAGUCUCCAUGACCACCUCCACAAGCUCCAAAGCUCAUCGUUAAUGUCAUGGACGGUGCGUCUCAAUGUAGCUUUGGAAGCAGCUAGAGGGAUUGAGUACUUGCACGAAUAUGUAGUGCCAUCUAUCAUACACCGUGAUAUCAAGUCAUCCAACAUCUUGCUUGACUCAAGUUGGAUGGCCAAGGUUUCAGAUUUUGGACUCUCUUUGAUGGGUCCUGAGCAUGAAGAGUCACACAUUUCACUUCAUGCGGCAGGUACAGUUGGGUACAUGGAUCCUGAGUACUACAGGCUCCAACAACUAACCAAGAAGAGCGACGUGUAUAGUUUUGGAGUUGUUUUGCUAGAGUUGUUGUCUGGGCGCAAGGCAAUUCAUCUCAAUGAAAAUGGAUUGCCAAGAAAUGUAGUUGAUUUUGUGGUUCCAUACAUUAUCAAAGACGAAAUACAUAGGUGUUUAGACCCUAGGGUGCCCCCUCCCACACCGUUUGAGAUUGAGGCAGUGGCACAUGUUGGGUAUGUCGCAGCGGAUUGUGUUACUUUGGAAGGCCAAAAUAGGCCAACCAUGACCGAGAUUGUCUAUUGUUUAGAAAGAGCUGUGGUUGCAUGCUCGGUACCACAAUCGUCCCUUUCUCAAUUAACCACUAGAUCUUUAACUUAGUUGUGUGGUUGUUUCACCUAUCCAUAGAUGAAGAGAUAAAGUACUAUAGUUGCAUUCCGAUGACUAGAACUUUUUUAAAAUUGGUGGUCUUAAACAUGGGCUACUUUUGUAUAAAUCCAUGUUAGUUUCACA